AUGGCCGCCAUUGAGGCAGCCCCAAUAAUUGCGGAGCUUGACUCGCUGUUACUCUGCGGGUCGAGCUUCUCAAGUAGCGAUGCAACAGAUUCGGCCUCUUCGAAUUUCACGUCGAUGAGUUCCACCCCUCCGACCACCGUAUCCGCCGACAGCAUGUCGUUGGCCUCAGAGCCAGACCACCCCAAAUCAGACACUACUAUCGCGUCUAACAUCGAAGCGGUCAUCACUGUCACUUCCAGUCUCGUGACCGAGAUUGAGCAGCAAAAGUCCGGUCAGCAGACCCCGAUAGCCGACGAUGCCAUUGUUGUCGCAGAACCGCCACCACCUGAACUGUCCCCCGCUAGCCGGCCCCGACGAGCCCGAUCCAGCCUCCCCGUUUAUAAUCUCUCCAAGCUCAUGGGCACCGACGUGCACGGGAGGCGCAGGUCAAAGGGAGACACAGUACUAGAAAAGCGACGGCGCACUAUCUCAGACGGGACAACAACAGAGUUUGGCGAUUUAGACGCGACAAAAUUGAGCGAUGCGCUGGCAAAAGCCAGCCAAACAACCAAAAUCGAAGUCGACGCGUCGAGAACCAAGCGGUCGAGCGCGGUUCUCCAUACCCCGAAAAGUGCGCGGGUCGCUAAGAAAUCGUCUUUAAGCCCUGCGCCAGUGCAUUUGACGCGUCGUGCGACGCGUCUUUCCGGCGCUUCUACCGAGACCAUCACCACCAAGUUGUCCGCCCUGGGCAAGCGAGGUAAAAAGGCGGUCGACAAGGCGGUUAGCCGACUACCUCGCGAGCUCAUGCGAUUGAAGGACACCAAUGAGUUUGCCCACAUUGACACACGCCCGGUUCGGUACACGGUUUGGAGCAAUGGGAAAUAUGUUGAGGUCGACCCUUCGCAGGAGACCCCUGCACCCCAGCCACCCCUGAAGAAAGUCAAGGUUGACGAGAAGGCCGUCAAGAGCGAGGAGAAAUCUGCAGCGGAGGAGCAGAAACCUGCUGCACCCGCGGUCAAGAAGCCCCGUGCGAAGAAGUGGCUUGAAAAGGGCCUCUACGCUGGGCAGGAAACACCCUUGGACAUUUUCAAGGGCCUUAAUGCUCAAGAAAAGAAGAAGCUGGCUGCGCUCCCAGAGUUGUUGCCGAGCGGCAAGCCUAACCACACCUUUCCGCUGCCCAUGUACAACGGCCUGCGUGUCCUCAUCAACGGCCGUGACUUCAAGCUGCCUUUUGACGUCUGCAACCCCCUUCCGCCAGGCCAACCAAAGCCUGCCGCGUAUCGCACCAUGACAAAGAAUCGCUUCGUGGGAGACGCGGCCUCAUACUGGAAAAAGACACCUCAUUUUGGGGAUUUCGCGUCCAGAUGCGUUUGCCAGCCCGCAGACGGCUGCGACGAGGACUGUCAAAAUCGCAUCAUGCUGUACGAGUGCGAUGACACGAACUGCAACUUCGGCAAGGCCCAUUGCCAGAACCGCGCGUUUCAGGAUUUGCAGGAGCGCACCAAGAAGGGCGGCCGGUACCGUGUUGGUGUCGAGGUUGUCAAGACGGGCGACCGUGGCUACGGAGUUCGGAGCAACCGUUGUUUCGAGGCAAACCAGAUCAUCAUGGAGUAUACUGGCGAGAUCAUCACCGAAGCCGAGUGCGAGCGCCGGAUGAACGAGGAGUACAAGGAUAAUGAGUGUUAUUACCUCAUGUCCUUUGACCAGAACAUGAUCAUCGACGCAACCACCGGUAGUAUCGCGCGGUUCGUCAACCACUCAUGCUCUCCUAACUGCCGGAUGAUCAAGUGGAUUGUGGCCGGCCAACCGCGCAUGGCCCUUUUCGCCGGAGACCGCCCCAUCAUGACGGGCGAGGAACUCACAUACGACUACAACUUUGAUCCCUUCUCCGCUAAGAACGUGCAGAAGUGCCUCUGUGGUAGUCCCAACUGCAGGGGUGUGUUGGGCCCCAAGCCCAAGGAGGUGAAGGCGCCCAAGCCGCCCAAGGAGGAAAAGAAGACAAAGAAGACGUCUUCCAAGACAUCCAAGGUUUUGGUCAAGGUUUCGUCCAAAGCUACGAUCAAAACGUCAACCAAGCGGAAGCUCAAGGACGCUUUUGAAUUUGACGGCGACGACGAAGAGGAAGACAAGCCGAUCAAGAAGCAGAAGGUCAAGGCGGCAACUGGCCUCAAGCGGACUCUCUCGUCGGCGAGCCGCAAGGUUGCAAAGGGCGCAGCCAAGGGAGCAGCUAAGGGCGCGGCUACGAUCAAGCGCAGCAUGGCAAGCAUCUCUGUGGCUACGAAAAAGAAGACCAUCACAGCCAAGGUGACCAAGUCGACGGCCACGAAGGCCGCGAAGACGUCAACCACGGUCCGGCGGGUCUUGGGCAGCGGCGCUUCCAAGAAAGGGCCCGGGAAGAAGACAGCGAUCGUGGCCAGCACCAAACCCAAGACCAAAACUGCCGUCCCAUCCCGUAGCCCCAGCCUGACCAUCGUCGCGGCGGGCAGCUCCUCUUCACCCGCCCAAAAAAACGCGGCCAAGGCUGUCUCGACGCCGACUUCAUCGGUGUCCUCCAAGAAGGACAUACCGAAGCUGACCAUCUCCUCAGGCGCCAGCAAGACGUCUUCGCGGAAGUUAACCCCCUCCCGCAAGGCUCUCGAGUCAGGAUUGCUUGUCGGAAGCCCCUCGUCGACCACGUCGGUCAAGAUGACCGCCGCGGCGAAGACUAUGCCCAAGCUCAAGCUGGUUAGCACCGUUGCAAACUAA